UGCAUGCAAACUUAUAAUUUGGAACUGAUGGCCUAAGAUUAUUUGGUCAUGUUAAUCAAAUAUCUUGAUGAUUCCAGGUAUCCCGAAGUUGAUUACAACCGAUAUGGUCAAAGAAGGUGCAGCUGUGAUAGAUGUAGGCAUCAAUCAUAUCCACGAUCCUCUAACUGGAAAGACCAAAUUAGUUGGGGAUGUGGACUUUGAAGAAGUGAAGAAGAAGGCUGGCUUCAUCACUCCAGUGCCAGGAGGGGUGGGACCUAUGACUGUUGCAAUGCUUCUGAAGAACACGCUGGUAGUUGCUAAGAAGCUCAUUUACUAGAGGAAGUGAGCUGUCUCGGAAGAAGAAUGCAAGUUGUUCUAUUUAUUAUUAUACAAAACCUUUAUUUUUUACUAGAAAGAUAUUUAUUUCUACGUUGUAUUUAUUUUUUCAUGUAAACUAUAUUGAACUUGAUGGUUUACAAAAUGUUACAAUACUUUAUGUUACCUCCUGCUGACAUACUGUGAGCAACACUGAAUUGAAUGGUGCAGACUUUGUUGGUACCAUGUUGUUGGUCAACUGUGUGCGUGGAAGUGAAGAACUAAACUUGAAUUCCAGAGCUUGAAUUAUGCUUGUAUAUUUUGAGAUGGGAUGCUAUUGAUGAGAUUAUUUAAGCAUUAAGUAUGCUCAAUCUGUAUUAAAAGUAGGUUUCAACAUAGUGGAUAUCUAUUGAAAAUGUGGAAUGUUCUGGGUGUAAUUUGAAGUUGGAAAACAUUUAGAUAACAGUGAUCUAUAGUCUGAAAGGAACGAAAGGCUUGAAUUUGUUUCAGCUACCAGACAAUAGUUCUGGCAGUGAAUACAAAUGCUCAGUACACAUUUAAAGCUGUCCUGUAUACAUCAAUAUUGGCUAAACUCUCCUCUGAAAUGUAUGCAAGAGGUGUGCGUGAAGUACUCACAGUUGUGAGGCCAGAAUUGUUUUCUUUCCAUGUCUGAAUUUGGUUGACAGUGUUUUCAUGCAUAAUGCCACAAAAAGGUUUUGAGUAGGUGAUGUGAUUGGGUUGGACUUCAGUUGGAUAGAAUGUUGUUAAAGCUGCUAUGUAUGUACAUUUUGUAUAAGAUGGAGGGGAAGAGGAAGAGAAAAUCAAAAGUUUACUCAUGGCAGAAAUGCUUGUAUUGGAAUUUAAGCCAUUUGUUUAUUCUCUUGUCUUCUGAAGCAACAUGAAGGGUUCUUAAUUCCUGGUGUAAGGCUGAGCCCUGUGAGUAUUUGUUGACAAUGUUUUGCUUCUUAGAGAGGACUAUGUGAGAUAAUAAGAUGUUUGCUGUAAAAGGAAAUAGAAAUCAUAAAAAUAAAUGGGAGAGGAAUGAUUAUCAGCGUGUUUCUGUACCCUAAAGGUGUUCCAAAGGUGAAUUCAGAAUAGUCUCAUGCAGUGUAAGAGUCAGAGAGUUAUGUUACUGCUAGGAUGCCACUUUUAAUAUGCAUAUGCUAUAUUGACUUGAAGAGUCUACCCUGGUUCCCAUUGAAGCUAGUGGGAGUCACUUUGGGCUGCUAUCUCCAUAUUUUUAUCUUGGUUGGGGUAAUUUUAUUUUAAUCAGGAGCCUUUAGUGUUUGCAAGUAGAUUCAAGACUACUCUAAAAAAGUAAGAAAACAAAAAGGUGUGGCUAAAUACUACUUCUGUUUAUUUAAAAAAAAAAGUGCGUACCAAAAUAAAAAAAAAAUAAGAAACAGAUGGAGAAUUGCUUCUGUGCUGCUUGUUUCUUCUGAUGCUCUGAGAGUUUUGCAUAAAUGCAUUUUUUGCAGAAUAGCUUGACAGAUCCAUUGCUAUGUGUAUGGAACCAAUAGUGCAGACACCCUCGUAUCUGUUCAAAAUGAGGUGUUAUGAGAAUGUUAGGGGUAUCCAGGGGCAUGUGCAGAUAAUGCUCAGAUAAUUCAAUCCAUCAUUGGCUCAGAUGGAAUAAAAUUUGCCCAUUCUGCUAACCUUUCUAUGAGAUACUUUGAUACAGUUUGGGUUGGAUUUUUUUUCCUUUCUAUCUAAAGAGUGGAACAACAGCAGCCUUUUGCGUGUUCAUUCAUUGCCUUUAUUUCAGCUGUUUGCAUUGCUUUUCCAAAUCCGUGUUCAUUUACUUUGCUUUAGCUAAAAAUAGAGUCUGCAUUUUUGAUGGAAUAACAGCUUGAGGCACUUUGCUUAUGUCACUGAAAUGAGUCUGCCUCUGUCAUAUCCUCCCAGCAGCUUAUAGUGCAUCCUCAGCUUUUUCUCUUUUCACCUCCCACGAGUGAGUUAGGAUGACAUAAAGCCAGCAGGACCAAGGUUUCGCUUAGUGGCAUGUUGUUUUCAGAGCUGCCAAACGCAUCUGUUCUCCAUUGCAACUGCAGAAGGGUUAUGACUCCUAUUUCCAGCCUGCAAAGUGCUCAUGUGCCAGGAUCAGGCCAGGUGGGGACAGCCAGAGCCUCAUCUGCUGCCCUCUUCUUGCCGCACCCACUGCAUUGCCCAAUGGCAGAACCACUGCUCACAUUCACACUGGAUUAAACUCCCAUUGUGUAGAAGUAUGUUGAAAGGAAGCUCCCUGCUCGGGACUGAUAGCAAAGGUUCUGCAGGUAGCACAAACGCCAGUCCUGGCAAGUGGGGAGUGCACAGGCUGCACUCGAUCAAUGUGCAGGCAUGCAGCCAUUCAGGAUACUGAAGGAAGGGAAAAACCUCCUGGAAUGCAGCCCAUGAGCAUCAGAACACAUAAUUAAAGUGUGCAUAACCAGCUUGUGUUUUUCCCUGAGCUUAUGAAGUGGUUACACUGAAUCCCAUACAUCACCAAAGAGCUUGGUGCAGAGGGAGAACUCGAGCUGACCGGAGUUGCUAGAGCAUCUGUCAUUACGUUUUGGCUAAAGAAAAGAUUAAGUUGUGAAAAGUUUUUUAUUUUCUGAAGCUCACAGUGGGGAAACUGAAACUUGGAGUGAAGAUAGUAGCUCUCUUAGGGUGAGAGUGAAGCCUUCCUGGUGAUCUGCCCCAGUGCUACGUAACGAUGUUGCAGAGGGAGCAGUCCUGCUUGUUCUGAGCUGCCUGUGACAAAGGAAUUGACAGCUUUUAGGGCUGUGGAGAGUGGCGUUAAGAAACGUGUAUAUACCUACAGAUACUUAAUGUAAAAAGCAUGAUCACUCUCACUGUGUGUCUGCACAGCUCCAGGUGGCCACCCUUGCACAGCUCCAGCUGCGAUCAAAGGCCUUUUGCUGGCAGUCACUGAUGGGGAAUAUCACCGUUAUCUGUCUGAUCACUUCUCAGUCUCAGCACGGCUGUUCUCACCGUUCCUUUUCUGGAUGAGAAGGAGCUGAAGUGCAGGGGGAGCAGCAGGGGCUGGACCCUGGCUCCUGGCAUCUGGAGCAGCAGGCUGAAUGCUGACCACCCCCCUGGAAGUAACGUGAGAUUUCAUCUCCGAGGGACCAAAGAUCUCAUUUUUCACGAGAUUGUUUGUUUUGCAACCUUCUGGUUUUGCCGUAUAUCAUUGAUCUGCUCUGGCAGAUGCCAGGUCUCUCUAAAACUACAUCUCUGCAUGCACAACAAUGCCCACGGGUAAUAGGAAACUGGGGUUUCAAGAGAAAACCCGAUCCCAGUGCUAGAUAAUAGCAGUUUCCUAAAUAAAUGUGUGGUUGCCCUAAGGGCUGAGCUUGCUGCCAGAUGCACCUUUUUUUGAUUGGUGAGAGCAGCAAAUGACGCUUCGUGGCGUAUAAGUGCAAGAGAAAACACAGCAGCACAGAUAAGUGGAGCCAACGAGCACCGGCAAAGGAGAGUUGCAAAGGUGUCAAAGCAGCUGCUUGCCAUGGCAUUUGGAAUGCUCAUCUACAUUUUGCUGAAAGCAAUGGGGGCACUGAGUGAGGACGCAGCUCUCACUGUUUCAUCCCUCAGCACAGAACUGUGGAAUAGCUGGACGAAAAACAACACUGAAGCAGACUAUGCAGAGCAACCAAGGCUCCUGAAGCUCAUGCAGGCCUGUCUGGAGGAACACCACAGUUAUUGCAUAAACGGGCUCUGUGCUUUCCACAGCGAACUGAGGAAACCCAUAUGCAAGUGCCUUGCAGGUUACAAUGGAGAGAGGUGUGAACAUUUAACUCUGAAUUCAUACGCACAUAAUUCUUAUGAGCGCUACAUUGCUGUGGGAAUUGGCAUAGGGAUACUCACAAGUGGGAUACUUGCAAUCAUCUACUGCUACGUAAGAAAGAGAUGCAGGAAAUUGAAAUCUCCCUACAAAGUCUGCAUGGGAGAGACAGCGCUGUGAAGCCCUGGCAUCAAAAUGCUUACCAGUGUGUCUGUAAACAAGAGGCAGUUCUGUUUCGAGGGCCACUCCAUGCAGUCUAGCAAUGCCCCAGCCUCGCUGAUGGGAUGAAAUAAAGAGAAUGACAGAGUGAGGGCAUGAAUGGAGCUCCUGCAGAACUGAUGGGCUCCAUUUGCUUCUGAAGAAAGACUUAAUGUUUUUAGACAAGGUUGCUAGAUGAGUGGGUCAAAACAGCGGAGAAUAAUUGCAGCCUUCUCACCGCUCUCCUGUGCUUCAGAUUUGAUGAGGGGAGGAUUGAUUUCUUUCACCUACUUUCAGUCAUUUCAAGCCCUACUGGAGUAUUCUGCUCUGCUCUUUUGUCUUUUUUUUCCUUUCUGCUCUGGAGGAGAAAGACCACCUGUUUCACAAUGGAACUGUAUUCUGAACAUCACAUGCUGAUGAGAAGCUGUCUGGAUUCUGCUGUCGCAGUGUUGACUGCCUUUCAAAAGGAACUGGACAUCUUUCUUCCAAUGGAUUAUUGAGUGUACUCAUGACAAAGAACACAACUCCUCCCUAACAUCAUAGGGUGGCUCAUUACAUUCCUGAAACUUAAAGCAAACCUUGCCUUGCUGCAC